AUGAGGGAACUCCUAGGGUCCAUUGUGCUACUCGCAAUGACAGCUCGCGUAGUUCGAGGCGACGAGGCUUUUUUGACGGAGCCGCCAGAUUACAUUAAACAAUGUACAAUAGCCGAUAAGAAUUUUGUCAACUGUUCCACGCAAAGCAUUCAACAGCUCUUCGACAAAUUGAAUGACGGCAUACCGGGGCUGACGAGCAUCAAAAGUUUUGAUCCCUUCCAUUUGAAUCGCAUUCGAAUAUCGCAGGGCAACAGCAACGCCAUCAAUCUGAAAGUCGAGCUGGCCAAUGUGAAGAUCAUUGGUUUUGGUCACACCAAUGUGUUAGAGAGUGUUGUGUAUAAAAAGGAUUAUAGCUGGAAGACAAUAUUCACGUUGCCGGUGAUGAAGCUUCUAGGCGAUUAUAGUUUAUUUGGUCGAAUUCUACUCAUACCACUAAAUGGUCGUGGUCAGGUAUUUCUGGAUGCUGAAAAUAUGACCGUCACCAUGCAGACAAAGACGCGGCUUUACUCCAAGGGCGGCUUCACAUUCUACAAUGUGACCAAUUGUCACGUGGACUUCAAAAUGGACGGCCUAAAGUCAUAUUUCUCCAAUCUCUUCAAUGGCAACAAGCAAUUGGAGGAUAGCACAAACAAGUUCUUCAAUGAUAAUUGGCGAAUGCUGGCCGAUGCUCUGUACACAGUGAUCACACAGACAAUCGAGGAUAUUCUACUUGAUGUUCUGAAGAAAAUUUUUCACUUUAUUCCAGCGAAUUAUUUUAUUAGCGAUAUUCCCACGCCAGAGCAGCUCUAUGGCAAAAUAAAAUCGCUGCCAAAGUAAUUAUAAUACGGAAAUUGGGAAUAGUAGAGUCAUUUAUUGGUU